AUGGGGUAUCGCUUGGAACAUCUUCUCCGGCCACCUUUCUCCCUCGAUGUUAAUGCAAGGGAUCAUUGCGAAGCUACCCCAUUACACCAUGCUUCCGGUAACUCAGAAUUCAACGUCUGGACUUUGAUCAAAGCAGGGGCACUGAUCAGCGCCAAGGAUCUCAGGCUAUGCAAUCCACUCCACCAGGCUGCCAAAUGUGGUCAGAGUAAUAUUGUUGGGUUGUUGACCGAGGCUUUCCGAAAUCAAUCAAUUUCAAUUAAUGAAGUAGAUCUAGAUGGCAGAUCCGCCCUUCAUCAUGCCUCUCAGUCUGGAAAUCCCGAGUCAGUCCGUCUUUUGAUCGAAGCAGGAGCCGACGUGGCCCUACAAGAUGAGCGCGGCAGAACGCCUCUACAUGCAGCGGCAGAAUUUGAUGGACUAUCAGAAAGGGAGAAUUUAUAUCACCUAAAAUCCCCAUUGGUAUCUGCCAAUGGUAAAUGCUAUGCUAGACGUGUUAUUCAACUUCUCAUUGCUGCCGGUGCCGAUCCGAUGAUAGUUGACGCGAAAGGUCAUCGACCUUCUGACUUGGAAGCUCGCUCCGGCUGCGGGACGGUCCUAGAUGAGCUAAGGCAUAUUGUGAGAAGCCUUCAUAUCGAGCCGCUCAACUCUCUAAGUGCAGCUCUUACGACAAUGGGGGAUACAGAAUUGCAAACACUGGUCGACAAACUGAAAGUUCCUAAUAACGACGUCGGACUUUUCGAGGCCAUCAUUGCUACCGGCAACGAACGCCUAGCUGAGAAGUUUGCCAGGGAAAAGAAGCUCGAAAUUUUUCACGAAAAUGGCAAUUCGGCUCUGCAUUAUGUCGCUAGUCACGGAUUGACUUCAAUGAUGGAAUGUUUACUGCCUUUAGUCGAGGACAUGACCAUUGCACUCCCGUCCAUCCUUAAAUGUGCCUCAAAACGAGAUCUGUGUAACAUAGAGAUGGUGGAACUUCUUUCUAGGAAGGUUGCCAAAGUGCAAAGAAUAUCCUCUCUGACUCCAAGCUUGGCUUCAUUGGCAUCCGGGAAGCACUGGUGGCAUCCUCAUGCUCUUUCAAUCCUUCUUAAAGCAGGUGUUCCCACGGAAACGAAUGAGCUUGACGAAACCCCACCGCUUCAUACAGCAGUAGGAUCAAUGCAUUCGAACUAUUGUCGCGAUCAAACACUUGAAAUUCUGCUCAGGCACGGUGCAGACCCUAAUGGGGUUUGCACUAAUCGUUGGCAAAGAGACCGGGACGACCGACCACUCAAUUAUGCCAUCGCAUCUCAUCGAGACAUCAGUGUUCUUCAGCUACUUAUCGAUCAUGGUGCUUCUAUCUGCGACGGCUAUGAGCCCCCCGGUCUACACUGCACUCAGGCGAAACCAUAUACCAGCGCUCGAAAUGCUUCUCAAAGCGGGUGCAGAUCCCAAUGGGACUAA